AUGGAGAAACCCUACCAGACAGCACUUGGCAUUCGCACGCUCGACUAUCGCGGCGGCGCGGCGCCGCCUGGCGCGCGCGAGCGAGAUUGGGCCUCUGCGCCGCCGCGCGCGACGGCUAGAAAGGCGCUCGCGCACCUCCGCGCGCGGAAAGCGCAGCGCGAGCGGCCUUCCAUCGGACGCGCCUCUGAGGCCGCUGGUGUCUCCCAGCGCGUCGUGGCCGAGUCUCGCCCGCCAUUCGCCUUCGCGGCCCCGUGCGAGGGAGGCGGUUGCGCGGGGAAGGAGUGCGGCGACAACGCCAAGAACGAGCGCUACGAUGGCGUCUGCGACAAGGAUGGCUGCGACUUCAACUCGUACCGCAUGGGCCACCAGCAAUUCUUCGGACCGGGGGACGAUUUCACGGUGGACACCACGCAGCCGAUGACCGUGGUGACCCAGUUCGUGACAGACGACGGCACCGACGACGGCGACCUCGUGGAGAUAAGGCGCCUCUACGUGCAGGGCGGCAAGGUGAUCAAGAACUCGAACGCCGGCAUCCUCGGCUCUGACGGCGGGGACUCCAUCACCGACGCGUACUGCUCCGCACAGAAGGAUAAGUUCGGCGACCCCGACGAUUUCCGCAAGAAGGGCGCCCUGAAGCAGACGGGGGAGGCGCUGCGCCGCGGGAUGACGCUCGUCCUCUCCCUGUGGGACGACUACCAGUGCCAGAUGCUUUGGCUCGACUCGGACGCGGGCGAGGGCGGCCACUCCACGCCGGGCGUCGCGCGCGGCCCGUGCGACAAGACCACGGGCGUGCCGGCGGACGUGCGCGCCAAGUACCCGGACGCGUCGGUGACCUACUCCAACAUCAUGUACGGGGAGAUCGGGUCCACGUACACCGCCGGCGAGGGCGCAAAGCCGGACCAGGCCGUGGCGACGGGGUUCCCCAAGGCCGCGGCUGCGGGCGUCGCCGCGGUGAGCGGGGGCGCCGCGGCCCUGCCGCAGCAGCAGCAGCAGCAGCAGCAGCAGCAGCAGCAGCAGCAGCAGCAGCAGCAGCAGGCACUGCAGCAGCCGCAGCAGCCGCAGCCGUCGCUGCCGCAGCAGCCGCAGGCCGCCCAGCCGGCGGCGGCGGCGGGCGCGGGCGCCUCCGCCGCGGGCUGCGCGGACGUGUUCCAGCAGUGCGGGGGCGACGGCUGGGCUGGCGCGUCGUGCUGCCAGGCCGGCUGCACCUGCACAGCGCAGGGGGGCCCCUCGUACAGCCAGUGCCUUCCGCCCGCGGGCGCCUACCUGUGCUCUGGCACGAUCGGCCUCGUGCAGAGGAGCUCUCUGCGCGAGGCGCCCGCGCAGCGGGCCGGCGAAGGAGUCCCCGCGGCGCGUUGGGCGGCCCCGCUGGCCGUGGCGCUGCGGGCCGCGGCGCCCGCGCUGCUGCUGGCGGCCGCGGCGGCGGCGUGGGCGCGAGCGCGCCGGGCCCGGUCUUCCGCGCAGCUGCGCAGCGAGGAAGCAAACCUGAUGGCAUCUUCCGAGUGA